AUGAGGAAGUCCGGCCGACAUAUCCUCGAACCACCACCUGCUAUCGAUAUGGUGACACUGAUCUUCUUCCGGGUCCAUGCCUCAUCGUGGAUCAGAAUUAAUGACCACUAUGUAAUGCAGUUCACACAAAACCGGACGAGACCCGUACACAUCGACGGUUGUGAUCGCACCAUGGCCAGCACCGAUAAUAAAAACCGAUUCGUGUGGGUCAGUACAAGAAGCCAGCCGUUCGGGUCCAAGGCCAAAAAGGACCUCGAGGCGGCUCGAGUGAAGUUCGAGCGCACAUCACAAAAGAGGUUCAUCGAAAAUUGA